AUUCGUAAUGCGUUUUAACUUACACUAGCUACUAAAACAUGAUAAGCACAGAAUAGAUCUCAAUAUUUGAACCUUGACUUUUUUAUUUUUAGAAUUUAUAGCCUGGAGUUCUCAACAUUCAACUAAACACCCUGCCCUUUUACUCAUAAUGACAACUUUGUUACUGAUAAAAAAAUAUAAGUAUGAAAUAUUUUUUACCUUGGUUACAAGAGUAUCGUUAGUGCGGCAUUAAAAUCUGCUUUAUAUUGAUAUACAAUUUCAAAAAAUACAUAAUUUACAAAUAUAAAAAUCAAUACUUGCUUCUGGGGACAAUAAACCUCCAGUAAAAAGUAAAAUAACCCUAAAAAGUGUUUUUAAUUUGGCUGAUUGCGUAUGUUCUGUCCAUCACGGGCGCACGCGUAUAGCUAUAGCUGUACUAUAGCACAUCUAUUUAAUCCUACCGUAUAUGUCAGAAAGGGAAUUUCAUCAAAUACAAUCAAAUUUUAUUCAAAAUUAAAAACAUAACUACCGAUUCUAUCGAUAUUGUUCCUACACUAGCCGCUGUCAUCUGCGCGCAGCCGCAUACCUGCCCGCUGUUGUCGUUGUCGUCAGUUGCUUGGCUGUCAGUCAGACGGCUGAUUCAAGUUUUGCCAGUUUUCGUGUUCCGUUUCAUACCAUUGCACCGUGGCGGUUAUUAUUGUGUGAUUUUAGGUUCAAACAAACAUUGUGUGCGAUUGAGAAUGAAUAAAUAUCACUCAAAUUCGGUUGUAGUGUUCUGUGAUUGUUUGGUUCCUUGGAAUGAAAACUAGAGCAAUGUGUGAAAUUGUAAACAGAUGACUUCAAUCAAACCAUAUGUUUCGAUACCUGCACUAGUUUGGGCCCAGUCUUAUCGAAAGAGCCGGACCGGCCGACGAAGCGCCCUGGAUAGUGGAUUUUAAUGAGUAGAAAGAUAACAUCGACCCCAUUUCAGAUGAAUAAAAAUGUCAACAGAAGGAAGCGGAGAGACUCCAUCGAGCGGCCCGAGCCUACCUGGGGCGCCGGAGCAAACGUACCUAUUCCCAAAGGCGAAAGGUCAUUCGAGGUCCAUCAGCCAUGGAGGAACGCCGAUGUUGGCGGGAGCACCAGCGCCGCGACCGCUCAAAUCGGCCCUGCGCGGCCACCAGCGCGCCUUCUCUCAAGGCCAAAUCGGAGACGGCCGCGCUGGAUCGGGUGCGCCGGGCCACAGCCGCACUGGGUCUCGCACAGACUUCAUCCUGCCACCUGGACACCGUGCGGAUGCGCCGGCGGCGCCACGCACAAACUCUGUGCGCGCACACUCGCGGCAGGCCUCACGCUCCGACUCCAUCUACACCCUACGCCGUACAUCGGUGGUGAGCCCGUGGCGCCGCACCCUGUUCUGGCUGAUGCGCCGACAGGCUCCUCAGGUGGACGCGCGACACAUCACCGUCGUCCCCAACCACCUUGUGCCUGAAAAAACCCCCCCAAAAGAGCACCCAAAUGGCCAGCGCUGCAACAAUAAAAUCAGGACUACUAAAUACACUCUGUUGUCAUUCCUUCCUAAAAAUUUGUUUGAACAAUUUCAUAGAGUUGCCAAUGUGUACUUUAUAUUUAUAGUGCUGUUGAACUGGGUGCCGGCCCUGAAUGCUUUUGGCAAGGAGAUUGCCAUGUGCCCUGUUGUGUUUGUGCUAACUGUGACUGCCAUCAAGGACUUAUUUGAAGAUCGACGGAGACAUCUCUCUGAUAAAAGAAUCAACAACUCCUACUGCAGAGUUUAUAAAGUGAAUGUGGACCGAUACGUGCGAGUUAAAUGGCGCGACGUGCGUGUAGGCGAUCUGGUGCACCUGUCCAACAACGAAGCGGUGCCCGCGGACAUGGUGCUUCUCCACACCUCCAACCCUCUGGGGAUCUGCUAUCUCGACACCUGCAACCUCGACGGCGAGACCAACCUCAAGCAGAGGAUGCUGCCGCCCGGUUUUUUAGAAAUGCAUUUAACUUUUCGUCCAUCGAAGUUCAAAAGCACAGUGGAAGUGGAACGGCCGUCGACCAAGAUCAACCGAUUCACGGGCACCAUCUCGCAUCCGAACAAGGAGCGCGUGCCGCUCAACUCCGACCACUUGCUGCUCCGCGAGUGCACGCUCAAGAACACCGACUUCGUGGAAGGCAUCGUCGUGUACGCCGGCCACGAGACUAAGGCCAUGCUAAACAACGGCGGCCCCCGCUACAAGUGCUCCAAGCUGGAAAAGAAAAUGAACACCGACGUUAUCUGGUGCAUCUUAGUCCUACUAUUCCUUUGCUGUACAGGCGCUGUCGGCUGCAAGAUCUUUCUCGACAAAUAUUACAGCCUCCCUAACUUUCCUUAUUUCAUCAUUACGACGAACUCUCCCGCCUACGAAGGACUGAUAAUAUUUUGGACGUACAUUAUCGUCUUACAAGUUAUGAUACCGGUGUCGCUAUACGUGACGAUAGAGAUGACGAAACUGUUGCAAGUUUAUCACAUACACCAGGACGUAGAAAUGUACGAUCCGAUGACAAACACUCGCGUACAAUGUAGAGCGUUAAACAUCACUGAAGAAUUAGGGCAAAUCAACUAUCUGUUCAGUGACAAGACGGGUACGCUAACCGAGAAUAAGAUGUUGUUUCGGCGGUGUACGGUGGCGGGAGUGGACUACGACCACCCGCCGGGGCCGCCGGCGGAGCCGUCGCUCGACCUGCCGCCCAUCGUCACCCCCGUCACUCACAUCUCGCCCAACACCAGGAUGCUGCAACAUUUGCUCGACAACAAUGGAAAUGAACACACUCAAAAGGUACGCGAGUUCAUGCUGAUCCUGGCAGUAUGCAACACGGUGGUGGUGUCGCAGCCACACGUGGACGCCAUGCACAUGAGCGGCUCCAGCCCCGGCGACCCCGAGCCCGCGCGCUCCAACGGCACGGCUCGCUCCACCGACAAGUACGCGCGGCUGACAGAGUCGCGGUCGACCACGCCGUCGCCGCCGCCGUCCACGACGUCGCCGCUGCGCUUCAAGCUAGCGCGCCUGCCCUUCGUGCGCGGCGAAGACAGCGUCAGCGAGCCCAGCACUAGCGCCGACCAACAGACGGUGCGUUUCGAGGCGGAGAGCCCCGACGAACUGGCGCUGGCGGAGGCGGCGCUGGCCUACGGGUACGAGCUGCGCUCGCGCGCGCCGCACGAGCUGGAGGUGGGCGUGCGCGGCGAGCUGGCGCGCCUGCGCGUGCUGCGCGUGCAGCAGUUCGACGCCACGCGCAAGUGCAUGAGCGUGGCGCUGCGCGACCCGCAGGGCCAGGUGGUGGUGUACGUGAAGGGCGCGGACAGCACGGUGCUGAGCGCGCUGGCGCCGGCGCGCGCGGGCUCGGCGGAGGCGGGCGCGCUGGAGCGCACGCGCGCGCUGCUGUCCGACUACUCGCGCGCGGGGCUGCGCACGCUCGUCAUGGCCAAGCGCGUCAUGAACUCCGCGCAGUGGGAGGAGUGGCUCGCCUCGCACACGCGCGCCUCGGAGAUGGGAGAGGGUCGCGAGAAGCGCAUACGCGAAUCGCUCGCUCGCCUCGAAAGCGCUUUAACGCUGAUUGGAGCCACAGGCGUCGAAGACCGUCUCCAGGAGGAUGUGCCCCGCACCGUGCGGGCCUUGUUGGACGCCGGCAUCAUCGUGUGGGUGCUCACGGGGGACAAGCCUGAGACCGCCAUCAACAUCGCCUACUCAGCGGCAUUAUUCUCGCAGAGAGACAGGCUGCUCUAUCUUAUGUCGAGAGACAAGGAUCAAGCUGAGUCUACGAUCAAGGCCUAUUUAAGCGCUCCACUUGGCCCAGGUGGGCGUGCUCUGGUGGUGGACGGGCGCACGCUGACGUACAUCCUGGACCGGCGCUCGGGGCUGGUGGCGCCGUUCCUGACGCUCGCGCGCCGCUGCUCCGCCGUGCUGUGCUGCCGCGCCACGCCGCUGCAGAAGGCGUACAUCGUGAAGGCGGUGAAGGAGGAGCUGGGAGUGACAACGCUCGCGAUCGGGGAUGGAGCCAACGAUGUGUCCAUGAUACAGACCGCGGACGUCGGUGUUGGGUUGUCCGGGCAAGAAGGCAGGCAAGCGGUGAUGGCGUCAGACUUCGCGCUGUCACGGUUCAAGUUCGUGGAGCGGCUGCUGCUGGUGCACGGCCACUGGUGCUACGACCGCCUCGCCAGGAUGAUACUCUACUUCUUCCUCAAGAACGCUACGUUCGUGUUCCUCGUGUUCUGGUACCAGCUGUACUGCGGAUUCUCGUCGGCGGUGAUGGUGGACCAGCUGCAUAUGAUGACAUACAACCUCAUGUUCACCGCCUUCCCGCCGCUCGUCAUCGGUGCGUACGACCGCGUGGCGCCGGCCGCGCUGCUGUCGGAGCGGCCCGGGCUGUACAGCGCGGCGCGGCGCGGGCUGGCCUACCAGGCGCACUCCUACUGGCUCGUGCUCGCCGAGUCGCUCUACAUCAGCGUCGUCAUCUUCUUCACCGCCGUCGGCGCCUACUGGGACUCCACCGUGGACCUGUGGGCCUUCGGCAUCUGCAACAUGACCGGCUGUCUGGUCAUCAUGCUGGCGUACGUCGCUAUCGAGACUAGGAGCUGGACGGUGAUCCACGCGAUCGCGCUGCUAGGCUCGCUGGGCGCGUUCUUCGUGGGCACGCUGAUCUACAACUCCGUCCCCUUCUCCCUCCUGGGGAUGCCUAUGGCCUACCACAUCAUCCACCACGCCAUCGCCGAUCCUACCUACUGGCUGGUGGUGGUCGUGGCCACCGUCGCUUCGCUCGCGCCGAGGAUGGCGUACCACGCGGUGCGCAACUCGUGGCGACCCAACGUGCUGGGGCGCGCGGUGCUGGCGCGGCGCCGCGGCCGCGCGCGGCUGCCCUACGCCGCGCACUACCACUGCGACACCGUGAGGGCCGAGGCGCACGUCUACAGGUCGACGGACGAGGACGGCCUGCAGAAGACCGCCGCGGACGUGGCGGCCAUCACGUGACCGCACGCGUGAGCUCCGAACCGAACCUAGGCUGUGAUCUGUCUUAACUUUUAAGUAAAUGUAAACCGUCGGCGCUCCCAAACGGCACGGCUACCGAAACGUAGCAUCGUCUGACGCUCUUGCUCAUUUCUUUCGAGGAACAGAAUCUCCUCUCUUGUAUACGUAAAAAAGGUAUUCAUUCCACUAACCUGAAAAUAACCUUUAUAAGUUUUGAACCUUGCGUACGAAAUAAGUGCAGUCGAUGAAACGUUUUGUAUAAUAACAUGCCUGGUUGGGUCAGCGUGCACGAUUUUAUAGACUAAUAUAGUGCUUUCGUAUGAUGUCGGGACCAAUGUGUCACAUUCUAACAAAUGUUUCAUGCUACAUGCCGUGUCAUAUACGACAAAAAGUCGAGUGGCGUAAUAAUACACAUACUUUUUAUGUGGAAAAUCAUGCCGCGUCUAAGUUUUAACAUAACUGCGAGUUAUGUCAACAAUUAUCACUUAUUAAAUCGGGUUAUACUGCCCAAAGCUGUGAGCCGUCAGUAUGGCGUUCAGUCGAACUUAAGGCGUUCUGAGCGAGCCUUACAAUUCCAAAAACAUUUGAUACUUCUACCAUACUUUAAUAAUGCGAACUGAAAUAAUCCUGACAAUAGUCAAAUUGACCAAUUUUCAUAGUUUUGAGUCUUCAUAGUUAUUGACCUUCACGGGUUUGUGGAGUGUACUUUGUAGCUGGCAUAGUGAAUAUCUCGACGUUGACAAUAAACGUACUGUAGCCACACUUCACUUGUCCAUCACAAAGUAGGUUUUGUUUUGGGACUCAUUUGUUUCCAUCAUAUCAACGCAAUCAUAUCUUUAUUGGCUAUUGGGUCAAACAUCUAGUGGCUUGAAUCCAAAAGUUAAAUAUAGCUCAAAGAGGGGGGGCGGGUUUAGGGUCGGCAACGCACAUGUAACUCCUCUGGAGUUGCAGGCGUACAUAGGCUACGGAGACUGUUUACCAUCAGGCGGGCCGUAUGCUUGUUUGCCACCAACGGAGUAGAUAAAAAAAAUACAUACAGGGUGAUUCAUAAGUCGUGAUCAGAAAUAUGUGUUUCUUACUCUGUACGUUUAGUGUAUGUAUACACUUGUACGUAAGGAUAUUAAAACAUCUUUAAACGUAUUUUGUUAUAAUUAAUUAAUUUAUAACUCACGCUUACCGAGACUCAUGGCUACCCCACUUGUUACAUAGAACUGUCACGGCCUCAUAUCAGAUUAAUCAAAUUCAAUUCAACCUCUUUGUAUUUGCUGGCUGGAAACGUUAAAAUAGUAAUAUUGAUGAUAAUGACAAAUUAAACUGUCAUUUGAAUUAGCGCUCCGCGUUAGCUUAAACAAAGUUUAUUGGGAAAUGUUGUUGCCUUUCACGACUUAAAAAUCAGCCUGUAGAUAUUACAGGGGGCUCCUGUGCUGCCCCCUACCGUUCACACGUUCCCUAUCUUAAUGAUCCUAUGCAUCCACAAUUUAACUUUGCUGUCGAAUUAUCCGUUAACGUUGUAUAUUUAAUUCUUCUUUGUUAUUUUUAUUCGCGCUGAACUAAUGAAUAAUUAACCAAAAUAUUACAAAUUUUAUAUUAAAGGAAAAAAUGAAAAAAUUACGCUUCCGGCAGGACUUGAACGCGCAACCUCCGCAAUCCGUGCGUUUCAACUUGUACUUUCAACGCAAUUUGGAGUAUCGCUUGUUAAAAAAUUACUUUAAGAAAAAUAUUGUUUUCAUCAUAAAAGAUAUACUACUUUCAUGAAAGGUCUUAUUUAAGUACAAUGGCCUAUAUAAUGAGUUUUACUUUUAAAAUACUGAAGUUUAUAAUUUAAUAUUUUUAGUUAUGUACCAAAAUAUUUUUUUGAUUAAUUUAAUAGCCGUUUAAAAUAUUUUUACAUAAUUUUCAAUCGUGACUGAAAGCCGAAUAGGUCUGUGCCUUCGAUGCCUAACCUGUCAAAAAAUGACACAAUGGCGGACGAAUGUUUGAUAUUUCACCGUAUUUAAGAAUUAUUUCGCUAAAAUUUCGUUUUUUCUUCGCUAGUGUGAUGAAAAACAUUGUGUUGUUGUUGCAUUCCCCUUAAAUUCCCUUUAAUUACCGUACCCACCUCGUUGCACAAUGUACUAUAGUAUGGCAUAGUUGAAGUAUAUGUCGCUCUACCGUCCCGUUACCGUACGUUACCGGGUAAUACACUGGUUGUCAACAGUUAAAGUAAGCAUUCAGUCGCCAUAAAAUAUAUGGCGCCAUAUAUAGCCUAGCCUAGUUUGGCUGUUAAACUCGAGGGCACGUUUUUUUUAUUCUUUACACCUUUUAUACAAUGAAUAACUCUUUGCUGUUAAAACCUGGGGUUCAUUUCAUAGGGAAAGCUUAACUGCUAAGUUGAAACCGAUUUUAAAAUAACUUAGAAACUUACCAAUUGUGUUACAAACCACAACCUUUUAUAAAGUGGGUCCCGGGCCCGCGAAAGCUACACUCUUCGUAUAAUAAGCGCGCGUACGUUGAUAGUUCUGUCAAUCCUGUGUAUCGCAUAUACCCUAUACCUUAAAUGAUUAGCAAUUUCUUAGCAGCUAUGUUCAUUAGCGCAACCGGGACCAUUUCUAUUUAAAUACCGAUUUACCGAAGUUGACAUCCCCAUAGAGGUCACUCGUCAGGUCAAGUUUAAGUAACGCUAGGAUUUGUACUAGCAAUAUCAAAUCUUGCUUAUAUUUCAAUUCCACUAUACCCCAAUAGAUUGAAUAUUAACAGAAUAGUCACAAAAUGAAUUCACCAAUGUUAAAGUUGAAAAUAUGAUUUGACAUGUCACGUCAUAAGACAAGCCAAAGUUAGGUAUUUAAUUUCUUUACCCUUUCAAAUCCCGCCAAAUAAGAAAAACUUAAUUGUAAUUUAUUCGAUUUAUGUUGAGCGUGAUGGCACACACGUUUGUGGGAUCUAACAGGAGGAUCUAACUUGAAAAAUACAUUAAAUGAAGAGAUGUCUCUUACUAUAUCCUACUGCCGCCGCAUGUCGUCGGCCACUUUUAUCCUAUAAAUGUACUUAUGAUUUAUUAGUAAAAUGUAGAUUUCAGGUCUUUAUAGAUAACCGGUAGGUAUCUAAUUUUUAAAAAUAUUUUCUUAACUUUGUUAUAUGUGGCUUUCCAUAUCCAUCACAGAUUAGAAGUGACCUUAUGCUCCACGUGUAUAAUUAUUUUAGAAGCAUUAAGGAUCCUUUAGUUUAAUGUUUCAUUCGACUCUUAUCUUGUCCAAUUUCAUAAUAAUUGGUGAAAUUCUCGUAUUUAUUAGUAGUUUUAAUGUGCAGUUUUGCAUACGCUUGACCAAGUAUUUACUCGUAUGUAAGUAGCUAUGUCCUUCUCCGCCGUAACUUUUGAAAUAAGACUUGAGAGAGAUACGUAGGUGAUUGGUGUGUAAGUGUUGCGUUAGCAUAUCGACGGGCAAUUUUCGAUUUUAUUAAAUAGCAUAGCUUUACAUGUAAAUAUGAACCGUUUUUCUUAUAACCUAUUAAUGACAACAUUUAAUAUCAAACCACAGAGGCUAAACCGCUCGCGAAAGUUACCCGUGGCUAUAUUUUGUGUUCAUAGUUAUAUAUUUAUUGCGACUGCGGCCGUGGUCCGUAGCCUAGUGUGAGAUGUUUGGCUUCCUGGCGAUUUCUAGCGGAGACGCUGCCUUGCCCCAGACUGUCCCCUAUUGGGUCUUAUGAACUUCACAUAAAGUGCGCCGAAUCGUUACAUGGCUUAGUGAUUGAUAAGGGAAUUUAAAUGGUUAGGGCUUAUAAUUAUUAAUAACACAGUAAUUUUUUUCAAAAUAGUUGGAAAGUUCUUGGAAAGUUUCUCAAGAAUUAAAUGUAGUUUCGAUUUAGUAGAAACUGAGAAUGUUGUUUUGCUAACAUGUUGUACACUUCGCAGUUGAAAACUUUGCCUAGGUGUAUCAGUAAUAAAAUAUUCCUUUGCGAUUUCAAAUCCCAUGCGUUAGAUGUCCGAGAUGGAAUUACAUAUCGCUUAUAUCCCUAUUCAAAAAAAGUCUCCCUUUUCUCAAAACGUUAUUUUUAACAUUAUGUGCGAGAUAUUUAGCAAAAGAGACAGGGAGUAAAUUUUCAACUGGGUCAUUAUGUGCCCUAAUCAAUAUAGUUAUGUUUCAUUGUUGAAGUUUUAUGUUUGUGUGUAGUCGAAUGUGGAACUCACCGCCCCGAUUGUGCACAAGCAAAUUCAACCUUAACUGUGCAGUGUAAUGUCAUAUUUUGAAAAUCUUUACUAAGUUACGCAACGGCUUCGCGCGCUACGCGUGGGGGAUUUGUUCAGGCAGGUUUCUAACGCCGCGCAGCGCGUCUGCAACUGGAUGGUGCUGCAAUCUGUCUAGCGAACCUGAUAUGGCGGGAAAUACACUCGGGAUGUAUCCAGGGCGAUAAUAUGUAAGCGACGUAUAUAACAUUCCAAUCGGUACCGCGUUUUGCCCCGCCUAUGUUCAGAGCUGGUAUUUCCCGACAGCUCCAUAUGCGUAUUCUAAACAAUGAUUCCUAGAAGAUUUGACUAUUUUUAGUACUGUUUCUAGUUGUGUACAUAGAGACAAUUUAUAUUUCUACAUUGAUAAUUAUUGUUAUAUUAUGUACAGUAGGAUAUUUUUAUAUAAAAAAAAAACUUUGUGUAAAUAACUUGUAUGUACUAAGACUGUUGUUUAUCUAGAGCUUUUAAUUUGUUCCGUUAAAUUACUAAUAGGUAUUAGAAAUAAAUCAUGUAUUUUCCAGUCAUUUUGUGAGAUGCGAAAUUUCUCAUAUACUUUUGUGUUUCUUGCCAUAUUGAUCGGAAUGAGAUUUUUUGAAAUAAGAGUACAAAUAAGAUGCACAUUUGAUAUAUAACGUGUGGACUUUCAAGACAAAAUAUGUUUACUACAUACACUAUUGCAAAAAAUAAAUACGCCAUGUUGCAUUCAAACACGCGGUUUAAGUUUAGCCUGCUUCAGUGCUGCGUCUGAUGAAUAUAAAUUAAGUAUGGCAAAAAUUAUAAAAAAUGUGUUCACAUACCCUAGGUACCAACCGAAGGAAUAAUAUUUUAUGUCAAAAUGAAACUAAUAAAGCAUUUCUCUUAACUAAAGUAGGUUUUGAAAAUUCGCAAGGCAUCAAUAUUUAAUUUUACACUAUUUAAUAUUCUUAAGUUUUAGUUGUCCUUUAAUUUAUUAUGUAUAACUAGUCCAUUGUCAACGAAAUAUAGUAUUAACAAGCAUUAUUAUUUUUAUUGAAAAUUCAUCAAACUUUGGAAGUCAAGAGUACCUAUGUAGCAUAAAGAUGAUUUUUCUCAAUAAAUACAAUUAAAAUUGCAUUAUGUUAUAUAUCUCACUAUUUAUCUGAUAUAGGCUUGAGUUUAAUUUGAUCUAAGUAGAUUUUUAUCUUGACGAUAUUAGUUAUUGGGUGUAAAAUGCAUUUAUGUUUUUGUGAUAACGGUCUAAAUUAAACUAGAGGGCGCCACGCAUGCCAGCGCGAGCCACGAUGACUUGGAAAUACAUAUUGAUGUUGUUUUUUAAAAUAAAAAUAACAAAUUAUUUAAUA